UUCCACUUUACUUUUAUGGCUUUGCACCUUCCUCUCUUCUUCUUUCCUAUAGGCAUAGCACCUGAAAACAAAACUGAAACAUCACUACAAACUCACCUAACAAUCUUCUCAAACCCCUUAAUUCUUUUUUUUUCUAAAUCAGAUUAGAGCCCUAGAUAAAGCUUCAACUUGCUUUGUUAAAGAAAAGCCUAAAUAUUUCAGAUCUUGAAGAAUUUGGAGUAUUUUGCUUGAUCAGUUAGAUCCUGAGCAUUGAUUUUGGAAAAGUUCAGUUUUUGAUAUAUCUCUGUGAAAUUGGUGUACAGCUAAAUGGGGAUAUUUGAAGAUAUGGGCUUUUCUGGAAAUUUUGAAUUCCUGUCUGAUCCUCUGGGAUGUGGAGGAGACGUGGCACAAGAAGUUGAACAUAAGCCAGCAGGGAUGGAGGAGGAGGAGGACUAUAAUAGUGACGAGGAGAUGGAUGUCGAUGAACUAGAGAGGAGGAUGUGGAGAGACCGAAUGCUCUUAAGGCGUCUUAAAGAGAAGAACAAGAAUAAAGAGGUUGGUGACGGUGUAAAGCAGCGUCAAUCGCAGGAGCAAGCCCGUCGAAAGAAGAUGUCUCGUGCACAAGAUGGUAUACUAAAGUAUAUGUUGAAAAUGAUGGAAGUUUGUAAUGCUCAGGGUUUUGUUUACGGGAUUAUUCCCGAGAAAGGGAAGCCCGUGACUGGUGCUUCCGACAAUCUUCGUGCGUGGUGGAAGGAAAAGGUUAGAUUUGAUAGGAAUGGACCUGCUGCUAUUGCUAAGUAUCAGGCUGAUAAUCAGAUUCCUGGGAGAAUUGAGGAAUCAAACGUGAUAGUUUCGACUCCCCACACAUUACAAGAGCUGCAGGAUACAACCCUAGGAUCCCUUUUAUCUGCUUUGAUGCAGCACUGUGACCCUCCACAAAGGCGGUUUCCCUUGGAGAAGGGGGUGGCCCCACCCUGGUGGCCUUCAGGUAAAGAGGACUGGUGGGGCCAGCUUGGUCUUCCGAACGAUCAAGUUCAACCUCCAUACAAGAAGCCGCACGAUCUGAAGAAAGCCUGGAAAGUAGGUGUUUUAACGGCGGUAAUCAAGCACAUCUCUCCUGAUAUUGCUAAGAUCCGCAAACUUGUUCGUCAGUCAAAGUGCUUGCAGGAUAAGAUGACAGCUAAGGAGAGUGCUACUUGGCUUGCUAUUAUCAAUCAAGAAGACGCUUUGGCUCGUAAGCUGUAUCCCGAUAGCUAUCCACAGGGCUGUUUAGCUGUUGGCAACGGUUCCUUUUUCAUCAGCGAUGCCAGUGAUUAUGAUGUGGAAGGAAUGGAUAACGAGAGAAACAAUGAAAUGGAACGUAAACCCACCCAUGAUAUCAAUCUCCAAAAUGGAAUUAUGGUACCUAAAGAUGGGAUCUUGAUGCCAGUGAAAGGAGAAAUUAUUGAUUUAACUUCAGAUUUUACGAUCCAAAAGAGGAAGCAACCAUCUUUUGAGGAGUCUGUUGAUCAAAAGAUAUAUACUUGUGAGUACCUUCACUGCCCAUACAGCCAUUAUCAAGCUGGAUUCCUUGACCGGACUUCAAGAAAUAACCACCAAAUUAGUUGUCCAUUCCGGUUCAAUUCUGCUCAAAGACUUGGUACGCCAAAAUAUCAGAUCAACAAUGAGAAUAAUACAGUUUUUUCUCCUCCUAAGCCAGCUGUCCCAUCAGUCACAGGUUCCUCGUCGGUGAGUGUCUCUGGGCUUGGACUCUCGGAAGAUGGCCAAAGGAUGAUUUCCGACCUCAUAACGUUUUAUGAUAGCAACUUUCAGCAAAACGGUAGCAGCAUCUGUUCUGGGAAUUCUGAGAUUCUAGUAAAUCAAAACAUGCAGCAGCAACAAGCAGUUGAACUUCCUAUGGAUGACAACUUCAACCUGGUAGGACCUAUGGAGACCGCAGCUCAAGAAACCAGCAUGCCACUGAAUUCUGCUUAUCGUUCGACAGAGUUUCAAUAUGAUCAAUGCAAAUUGCCCUUUGAUGCCCCAUUCGCUGGAAAUUUAAAUGAUAUUACUGAUUACAGAUUUGGUUCUCCGUUCAACUUGGGAGGAAGCGACUAUUCCAUGGAUCAGCUGGCAAAGCAGGAUAUAUCUACAUGGUACCUCUGAAAACAAGUAGUAAAUUGUCUUGUUGUUUCCUAUAUUAAGGGUUGAUAGGUUGUAUAUUUUUAGAUAAGUGACGCAGAGUCCUAUCCUUUAUAGACUAGUAGUAUUAUACUUCUUUGUGAUUUAGUUGAUGUUUUUGAUGGUUGUAAGUGCUGAGACAGUAUUAUGCUUAUGAAAUUAUGCUUUAAACUUA